AUGGGUAAACAAAGAGGCACCGUAGCAGUGACGGGCGCCGGUGGAGGGGGUCUGCCAGUUCCCACCGCCUCUCUUAUCAGGUUCACCUCCAUCGACCUUUCCUUCCCCUUUCUCUGCAAUCGAUUUGACCCUAGGAACGAGAAUUGUGAGGUAGCGUCACAUGUCCUCAUUCCGAUUCUCCAGUCACUGCCUCCACUGCAUAAGAGGAUGGUGGUGUUUCCUACAGUGAGAAAAGAUUACCAUUUUCUUACUGCACACAACGUGUUCGACAAAAUGCCACAUUGA